AUUCGCCGGUCACCAUCUCACCUCCCACCGUAUAUGGUCUUCACCGCUUUAACCGGUUACCCCAUCGACUCCGACGAUUCACCGUCAGAGAGUCAAAUGUUACGAAUUUCAACCUCGAAAUCGUUAUCACACCGCUGAGGAAACUUUCACGCGCCGCCGCCGCCGCAAUCCGCGUUUCAUACGAAUCUCUCAGGAAGGUUGAUGGACCAGUCUGGCGGCGGAGGAGAAGAAAAGACUGUAGCCGCGCCGGAGAAGGCGGAGGCGGAGCCGAAGGGUUCGGGGCAGGAGCCGGAUCGGGUUCUGAAUCCGGAUUCAAUCGGUGAAGCGGGGCCGCUUCUCGACGAUUCGAGGGCUUUAGAGGAGAACUAUAAAGAGAUUGAGAGGGGAAAGUCGGCGAACGGUUUGAAUAGAUCGAAGAAGUCGGUGAGGUGGAGCCAGGAAUUGGUGACGGAAUCUCCGAUACCGCGGACGAUGUCUUCCGACGACCUCCGUUCAAAUCCUUAUGUCGGUUAUUCUUCAGCUUCUGGAAAUGAUAAUCCAUCUUCCUCCAAUUUCAGAAAUACAAUGGAUAAUGUUAAAGAUGUCUUGGGAAGAUGGAGGAAGAAGGUAGGUGAAGCAACGAAGAAGGCUGAGGAUCUUGCGGGGAACACAUGGCAGCACCUGAAAACUGGGCCUAGUUUUGCUGAUGCUGCUUUGGGGAGACUUGCACAAGGGACAAAAGUUUUAGCUGAAGGCGGAUAUGAGAAAAUAUUUCGUCAAACAUUUGAGACGGUUCCCGAGGAGCAACUUCAGGAUUCAUUUGCUUGUUACUUGUCAACAUCAGCUGGUCCAGUGAUGGGGGUUUUGUAUGUCUCUUCUGCAAAGCUUGCAUUUUGUAGUGAUAAUCCUCUUUCAUACAAAGCCGGUGACAAGACAGAAUGGAGCUAUUAUAAGAACGAAUCCUUCAGAAAAAUAUAUCCAGGUCAUAUCAGUGGACACCCAUGAGUUUUGGUUCAUGGGCUUUCUCAACUACAACGGGUCAGUUCAGUGCUUGCAAGAUGCUUUGGAAGCGCACAACUUGCAAUUCGUGUGAUGAAUCAACCCGUCCUACAAAAGCGCGAUUUUGCAAAUCCGGUUAUCAUGCCAGGUCGAUUUUUUGUUGUUGUCAUAUAAGAUCUGUGAAGUUUAAAGAAGAAAUAAUAAAACAUACAUGCCUUUCUAAAUUGAAGUAAAGUAUAGGAUCAUUUGCUGGUGUUAUUAGAGAAUUAAAGUUGGAUUCUCUAUUAUUGCUCUGAACUGUGAUAGACUGAUAAUUGAAUGAGCAUUUUGCAAU